AUGUCCACUGCUGCUUUUUCCAUAUCAGUACUCAAUGGUGAACUAGAGGGAUUCUUCCCUAGUGCGAGGGGUCUGAGACAAGGCUGCACCCUAUCUCCGUAUCUAUUUGUUAUCGCCAUUAAUGUACUCUCUCUGGCGCUAAACAAAUCUUCUGCAGCAGGUAAUAUCGGUUACCACCCAACUUGCGCUCAAAUCAAUCUUAUUCAGUUGAGCUUCGCAGACAAUAUCAUGGUAUUCACUGAUGGUGAGCCUAGCUCCUUACAAGGCAUAUUCUCUGUCCUAAACGAGUUUGAGAGCUGGUCAGGUCUUGCUAUAAGCCCAGCCAAGUCGGCCAUUUACAUGGGAGGAACAGUUCACCAAUGCUUCCUUGAUGAGGUGAGCCGACUAAACCUCCCAAUUGAUACUCUUCCGAUACGGUUACCGAAGCGUUGUCUUGAAACGAUCGAGAGCAUGUGUAGUGCUUUUCUCUGGUCUGGCACGCCAAACUCUAGCGGGGAAGCCAAAGUGGCAUGGGACGAAGUCUGUAUGCCUAAGGAAGAGCCGGGUUUGGGAAUUCGACGGCUGGUUGAUUCAUCUAAAGACACUCAAGCAGGCUGUUGGAUAUGGCGUAAACUUUUUAAACUCCGCCAUCAAGCAGCUAUGUUCCUCAAGUUUGAAAUUGGUAACGGAAAGGAUACUCUAUAUGCCACAGUCGCCGACGUGGCCUCGUCUGGGCAAUGGAACAUCAGAAGAUGUCGCAGCUAUCACCUACGGGCGAUGAUAGCUGCCAUCAACUCUGUCCCACCCCAGGUAGGGGGCGCAGGCGGUGAUCGUGUGCUUUGGAAACAUGGAGAGGAUUGA